GAUUCCAGCAGCCCAAAGCUAAAUACAUAGAGAACUACUUAGUUCUUACAAAGAACCAUUAGCUUAAGCAUUAGCAAGAUUAGCUCAGGCGAAGCUUUGCUAAUCUAUGAUGCAUUCCACAAAUUUCCCAUGAUUUCAGAAUCAAUUAAGAAAAAACCCAAUAAUCUUUCUAUCUAGUAGAGUGCUAGAGUUUCAGUCUAGACAUCUCUGAUCUCAUUCUGAUAGCUGAAAAAGUGCACUCAUUCAACACAACGCAUACACACACAGCUUCGAGCAUCCGAUCAUAUGGCGCCACAAAUGCUGCUGCAUCAGAUUAACUACUUACUAUCAGAACAUCCGUGGAUAGUCGGAUUCCGGUGGAGCACAAUCCAAUUAUGGGGGUCAACCUGGUCGUUUCUGAUAUUUUCCAUCUCAACCUAUCUUGCAGCAUCCAUCACUCUCCACCUCCUCCUCUACCUCCUCGGCCGGCAAAAGCCAGUUCCGCUGGGGCCGAUCCCUGCUCUUCAUAGCCUCCUGAUGACACUCUUAUUCGUCACCAUCUUCGCCGGAACUCUCUCCUCAGCAGCCGCGGAGAUUCGCGACACCAGAUGGUUCUGGCGGAGGUCCAAAACCCCAUUUGAAUGGCUCCUCUGUUUCCCACUGGGAACUCGUCCCUCAGGCCGCGUAUUCUUCUGGUCAUACAUUUUCUACCUCUCUCGGUUCCUCCAAAUUUUCAACACGUUUUUUAGUAUUCUAAGACAUCGUACACUUUCCUACGUCCACCUCCUCAACCACUCCACUCUAAUAUGCAUGUCAUUUCUUUGGCUAGAGUUUUCUCAAUCCUAUCAAGUUUUGGAAAUUCUCUUGACGACCCUUGUUUUUGCAUUGGUAUAUGGGUAUAGAUUCUGGACGGAAAUUGGAAUGCCCAAAGCCAAUUUUCCGUUCGUGAUCCUGAAUUUCCAGUUUUUGCUGCUGGCAUGCAAUUUGGUAGGCCACGUUUGGGUGCUUCCGUUGCAUUUCAUGAAAGGAGGGUGCAAUGGCAUGGGGGCUUGGGGUUUCACUUCUUUGAUAAACGGCAUUGUUCUUUUGCUAUUGUCGAAGUAUUAUGUUAAGGUCACUCGCUUGAGCAAACAAAGGUAUCUUAUUUCCCUCAAACAAGAUAAAAAGCGGUGAUCAUCGAUCGAUCGAUCGAUCGGUUUUUUAAGUUAUCUUUUGUUUUCCCUUGAGCGUUUAUAUCA